GUCGGCGUCCCCUCAGCCCCAGACCUCCUCAUCUGAGCACUGCGGCUCAAUCGGCAGCAACAUCUCUCUCAGUGGGGGACGUUUCUUAUUAAUCAGGACCACUGAAUGGAAACCAAUCAGACAGAGAGUCCCUUUGGCUUCAUCUCCCUGCCUGCCUGAGUUAAAAGCGAUACUGGGAGAGAGGCUGCCUUAGUUAGAUGUAAGCACACAGCGCUGGAGAUACCGUGCUAGGCAGAUGGGAGGAAGCAGGUAGAGAAGCAGCACUGGAUGGGCAGAGCCGGGCUCAAGCUGCCAGGCACGGUCCUAUUUCCAAGAGGAAUAUAACAUUUGAAAAUUUUGUCUGGUGAAUUAUUACAGAAGUGGAGUCUAAUAGCAUCUCUGUAAAUGAUGAGGCCUUAUUCCUUCUUGACAGUUUUGCUUUGGAGCUCUGUGCUUCAUGGUAUUCAUAUGAUGCCGUCACAAAAAGGAACUAACAAGUAUUCACAUAGUGAAAGGAUAACAAGACUGUCAGAGAAUGAUGGAAAAACACUGCAUCGUACCAAGCGUGGAUGGAUGUGGAAUCAAUUUUUCUUGCUGGAAGAGUACACAGGUCCAGAUACUCAAUACGUGGGUAAGCUACACACUGACCAAGAUAAAGGAGAUGGAAAUUUAAAAUACAUAUUAACAGGAGAUGGGGCUGGCAGUCUGUUCAUUAUAGAUGAAAAUACAGGAGAUAUUCAUGCUGCAAAGAAAUUGGACAGAGAAGAAAAGUCCCUGUAUGUGCUACGUGCCAAGGCUAUAGACAGAAAGUCUGGAAGACAAGUGGAGCCAGAGUCUGAAUUUAUCAUUAAAAUCCACGAUAUCAAUGACAAUGAACCAAAAUUCACCAAGGAUCUGUACACCGCCAGUAUCCCGGAGAUGUCUGGAGUUGGUACAUCCGUUAUUCAAGUGACAGCCACAGAUGCUGAUGAUGCCAACUACGGAAAUAGUGCCAAAGUGGUGUACAGUAUUCUUCAGGGACAGCCAUAUUUCUCAGUGGAUCCAGAAACAGGCAUAAUCAAAACUGCUCUACCGGACAUGAGCAGAGAAAACAGGGAAGAGUAUCAAGUGGUCAUCCAGGCCAAAGACAUGGGAGGACAGAUGGGAGGACUAUCAGGGACCACCACGGUUAACAUCACACUGACGGAUGUCAAUGACAAUCCACCUCGAUUUCCGCAGAGCACCUACCAGUUCAGCUCUCCUGAAUCUGCACCACCUGGGACUCCUCUUGGUAGGAUUAAAGCCAAUGACCCCGAUCUGGGUGAAAAUGCAGAGAUUGAGUAUAGUAUCUCCAAUGGGGAUGGAUCAGAUGUGUUUGAUAUCAUCACUGACAAGGAUACACAGGAAGGGAUUAUAACUGUCAAAAAGCAGCUGGAUUUUGAAAAGAAGAUAUUAUACACCUUAAGAGUGGAAGCAACGAACACUCAUCUGGAUCCUCGUUUUCUUCAGCUGGGGCCAUUUAAAGACACAGCUCUGGUCAAAAUUUCUGUAGAAGACAUAGACGAACCUCCAGUGUUCAGCAGAUCCUCAUAUUUAAUAGAAGUAGAUGAAGAUGCUAAGGAAGGAAGCAUUAUUGGGCAGGUUGUAGCCCGAGAUCCAGAUAUAACAAAAAAUACAAUAAAAUAUACUGUGGAUCGACACACUGACCUGGAUAGAAUUUUCAACAUCUAUUCAGGAAAUGGAUCCUUAUUCAUCUCAAAGCCACUUGACCGGGAAGAAACUCCCUGGCACAAUAUCACUGUCAUAGCAACUGAAAUCAAUAAUCCUAAACAAAGUAGCCAGAUACCUGUCUUCAUCCGGAUUUUAGACAUAAAUGAUCACGCACCAGAAUUUGCCAAAUACUAUGAAAUAUUUGUCUGCGAAAACGCAAAAGCAGGACAGCUGAUACAGACUGUGAGUGCAGUUGACAAAGAUGAACCUCCUCGAGGACACAAAUUUUUCUUUGAGUUGGUGCCAGAAUUUGCUGUUCAUCCAAACUUCUCCAUUAUAGACAACAAAGACAACACAGCAGGAAUUAUAACUAGAAGAAAUGGAUACAGCCGAAGUAAGACAAGUACCUAUCACCUUCCAAUCAUAAUAUUUGACAAUGACUACCCAGUUCAGAGCAGCACUGGCACCCUAACCAUCCAAGUCUGUGCCUGUGACAGCCAAGGGAACAUGCAGUCCUGCAACACAGAGGCCCUGCUCCUUCCUGCUGGCCUCAGCACAGGGGCACUGAUUGCCAUUCUCCUCUGCAUCAUCAUCCUGCUGGUGUUAGUUGUCUUGUUUGCAGCCCUCAAGAGACAGAGGAAGAAAGAACCCUUGAUCAUCUCGAAGGAUGAUGUUCGAGACAACAUUGUGACAUACAAUGAUGAAGGGGGUGGGGAAGAAGACACCCAGGCUUUUGACAUUGGCACAUUGAGAAAUCCAGAAGCAAGGGAGGAAAGUAAGAUGAGAAGAGAUGUCUUACCAGAAACUAUAUUUCAGAUAAGACGGACUGCACCACUUUGGGAAAACAUUGAUGUUCAAGAUUUUAUUCAUCGAAGGCUAAAGGAAAAUGAUUCAGACCCAGCUGCCCCUCCUUAUGAUUCAUUAGCAACGUAUGCUUAUGAAGGAAAUGAUUCCAUAGCAAAUUCACUCAGCAGCCUGGAAUCACUCGCCACAGAUGGCAACCAAGACUAUGAUUACCUCAGUGACUGGGGACCUCGGUUUAAAAAAUUAGCAGAUAUGUAUGGUGGAGAGGAAAGUGAUAGAGACUGAGGAAGUAAUCUGUGACCUGGUCAAUGUUAGUGGAAUUCAUGUCUAUAUUACUAGAUAAAGUGGCCUACUCUCUCUUACUUGGGAUUAUUAUUUUUUUUUUACUAAAAAUAGUUGCUGUCUUAGUAAGGGUUUGCUUAAUCAGUAAGUCAGUGUAAGUUGUUAUGAAUGAUUUAGAUAAAAAAGUCUAUAAUUCACCCUUUCUGCCUAGAAAAUUCUGAGAAAAAGGUUUUCAUUUACAAUGAAAACACAAUAAAAGGCUUUUUGUGCCUUUAAUAAUGAGGUGGAUUUUUUUUUUGUUUUAAUUACUUUGCUUUACCUUUCCUAUUAGCUGGGACAUUGUGAACCCAUGCUGUAAUAUAAUCUCUAAAGUAUAUUUAAAUUAUAUUAAUAUUACUGCCAUAUUUAUUGAGUUAAAGAAUGUCUGUGUGUUGAUUCAUCAUGAUAUUUUUAUAUAUGUAUAUUUAUAUUUUUGUAUUUUUAUUAAAUAAAUUAGUAUUUAUAAAAACACUACUUAUGCACAUAAUUUGUUAAUCACAAAAAAACUGUUCAGUCUUUCUGAACAAUAUAAAAACGCGUAUCGUGCAAAACUUUAUUUUCAGGUGCAUCUUGCAAUGGAUCAGUAGUUGAAAUGUGCUGUGCAAGAACAACAUGGAGAGUACUUUGUAUUGGGAAUGUAGCAUAGAAAAAAAGAUAAAUGAUUUUGAAAUUUUAAUUAUAAAUAAAUGCCAUCUGCCUUGCAAUGUGUAUUACUAUAUGGCAUAAGAUUACUGUUCUUUUUUUUUUUUUUUUUUGUGAAACUUCUCUACACCCACACUUAUCUUCGUUUGUGACCAGGUAACAAGAGGCUGGAUUUAAUAGAUACAUGCCUGGGGAUUUAAGGAACCUUGAAGAUUUAUUUUGGUAGACAUAAGAAAGGGGAAUUAGAUUGUACUCUAAUAUUAUUUUGUGGUUUUAGGACGAUUAGACUUCUCUUACUAAUACUGCCUUUCUAAAUUAAAGCAAGACAUGCAGUAGAAAUAAAAUUCAACUUUGUUCGUGUUGAAUAUUUUAUUAAAUAUUUUAGCGCUCUCUUCUUUCAAAGAACUAUCUACAUUUGCAUAUAUUUUAAAGUGUUAAUACAGUUAUCUAGUUGACUUUUACAUUUCUAAUACGUUUGCUGCCUCACCUUUCAUGCAAUGCACAUUUUUCUUUCCAAUACAGGGUAGGAAGAAUUUACCCGGAUCAGUUGUGAUAUGACUGAGAGUUAAAAAGUUUUUCUUUAAAAAAUGAAGCAUUAAAAGAACCAAAUAAAUUAACAAUACAGGAUGCAUACCAUAUGUAUUAACACAAUUUUUAGGGAAAAUUAAGUGCAUUUGCAUGUCCAAAAUAACAUGUUUUUACAAUUUUCUCUAGAUUAUUAAAUUUCAUAAUCUAGAUUUAUAUAAAUUAGGUAUUUUUCAGAUUUUUUUUUUUCAGAAAAAAAAAAUUAAGUGGCACCUUCAAAUUAAUUCUGACAGAAAGCCCCUCAAAACAUUUUAAGAAUAUAAUUCUUGUUCAUUAUCAUAAUGGAAAAUAGUUGUAUUUUUUCAGAAACAAGUACCUUCUAUAUUUAAAAGGAUAUUGGUCAUUUCUCAGAAGCUCAAAUUUUGAUAAAAGGAUCCCACAUAAAAUUAACUGAAAUCUGAGACAGUGGAUCUGAAAACAUUUUCAUUGUUUGUGUUUGUACAUAUUUUGUUGACUCUGCAUUAGCUAAUUUUACCUCAUAUACAAAAGAUGAUAUAAAGUGCCUACAGAGGCACUCUUCUCUUACUAAAAAUCUGAUAGAGAGCUUACAUACAAAGUCACUUCAGUCAGGCAUAGGAACACAGUUCUGCCUAAUAUUUUCCUUUCUACUAAGUUUCUCAAAAAAUUUCUCUUUACUGUUAUUCACUUUAUCCCUGUAACGCUUUCCCCUGCUAGUUCCAAUAAUGCAUCUCUGAGCUUUGUUCUUGGAGGGAGGUCAGGGGGCCAAGGAGCUGCAGGCUAGCACCUAAACAGCUCACUUUGAGCUGCAUGUCAAGUUUGCAACAGUAUACUGAAUUAAUAAAAAAAAAAAAAAAAAAAAAAAA